AUGGUAAUGAUAUUGAAGAAUUACAGAAGGGCAAAAAAGAUUUGACAGCAAAACUUGAAGAUUUAAAUGAAAAAAAUAGAGACAGAAGUGGCAAACUUCCUUUGCUUGACAGUCAACUGACAGAAUAUUUUCAAAUAGAUGAAAACUACUAAGCUAAGAGAUGAGAAGGAAGUUUUGGAUACGCAACGGCAUGCUGAUAUGGAAGCCCAGAAGAACUUCGAAGAAAAUUCUCAACAGUUGAGCAAUAGGGAGCAUGAACUCAGUGAACAGGAAGCCCAAAUGCGGGCAAGACUAAUGAAGAUUCUUGAUACUUCUAGUCAGCAUAAGGAAGAGCUUGCAGAACUGAAAAAAGAACUGUGUGCAAUGCAAGAAAAACAUCUAGAUUCCAGGAGUACAUAUAAAAUGCUGAAGUCCAGAAUUUCUGACCUAGAAAAUCAGUUACGGGUUCAUGGUAAAAUAACUGAUCUCUGUAGGCCAACCCAGAAGAAGUACAACCUUGCUGUUACUGUUACUAUGGGUAGAUUUAUGGAUGCAGUCGUGGUUGAUGAUGAAAAAACCAGGAAGGAAUGCAUCAAGUGCGCUGUGGGAAACACUCUAGCAUGUGAUGAUCUUGAAGAAGUCAAGGUCCUUAGCUGGAGUGGAGAGAGAUUUAAAGUUGUAACUGCUGAUGGAAUAGUACUUACUAAAUCUGGCACAAUGAUGGGUGGUACAAGUGGUGGAAUGGAAGCAAGGUCAAAUAAGUGGGAUGAUAAAAAAAUGGAAGGACUUAAACAAAGGAAAGAGCAGCAUGAAUCAGAGUUGGAAGAACGGGGGUCAAUCAGGGAGAUGCAACUAAAAGGGUCUGAAAUAUCAGGCAGAAUUAGUGGACUUGAAAAGAGGAUCCAGUAUGGUGAAAUUAAGAGAAGCAUAGAGGACAAACUUGCACUCUUGAAAAAGGAAAAGCGGAAUUUCAAGGAUGAGAUUGGACGUAUAAAUCCUGAACUUCAAAAGUUAAAGGAAGCUAUAGAUAGAAGGGCCACAGAGAUUCAAAAGCUUGAAAGGAGUAUCAACGGAAUUGAUGAUCAAAUCUCUGAAGAUUUUAGUCAGUCUGUAGGUGUAGCAAACAUCCGUGAGUAUGAAGAAAACCAGCUUAAGGCCGCUCAAAACAUGGCAGAAGAGAGACUUAACUUCAGUAAUCGGCUAGUACUAGUUGGAGUAUGAACGUAAACGGGAUGUGGAGUCACAUAGUGCAAAUCUGGAAACUUCUAUUAGUUCUUUGGAGAAUGAAUUAAAACAGGUGCAGAAAAAAGAGGCUGACUUCAAGUGAGCAAUAGAGAAAGCUUCUGCUGAGAUUGACCAGUUGAAGAAUGAAGUUGGAGAGUGGAAAUCAAAGUCAGAAGAGUGUGAGAAGGAAAUCCAGGAAUAGAGGAAGCAGAAUUCUGCAGCUACAACUGGAGUAUCCAAACUUAAUCGCCAGAUAAACUCAAAGGAGGCCCAUAUUGAGCAGCUGAUAUCAGAAAAGUAGGAAAUAGUUGAGAAGUGUGAACUAGAACGUAUUGAACUUCCUAUGAUCUCAGAUCCUAUGGAAACCGAAUCUCUAAGGACAGGACCAGUUUUUGAUUUUAGCCAGCUAAACUGAUCUCAUCAGGGUAGGAGACCACCUAACUGGGACAGGCUUGAGGCAGAACUUAAACAGAACAUUGAUAUGCUUGUAUCAGAAAUUGAAAGAACAGCUCCAAAUUUGAAGGCACUUGAUCGGUAUGCUGCUUUGCAACAGAAAGAAAGAGAUGUAAUUAAUGAGUUUUGAGGCAGCCAGAAAGAAGGAGAAGCAAGUGGCUGAUGGUUACAAUUCAGUUAAGCAGAGGAGAUAUGAGCUGUUUAUGGAAGCUUUCAACCACAUUUCUGGUAGUAUUGACAAGAUUUACAAGCAACUCUCCAAGAGUAAUACUCACCCAUUGGAUGGGACAGCAUAUUUGAACCUAGAAAAUGAAGAUGAUCCUUUUCUACAUGGCAUCAAGUAGACAGCUAUGCCACCAACAAAGCGAUUCUGUGAUAUGGAGCAGUUAUCUGCUGCAGGCCUUCACCAUUUUUCAUAUUGGAUGAAGUUGAUGCUGCAUUGAUUGCAUAAUCUUAAUGUGGCUAAGGUCGCUGGAUUUAUUCGUUCAAAUUCAUGCGAAGGUGCAAGAAGUAAUCACGAUGGUGAUCAGGGAACUGGCUUCCAGAGUCUUGUGAUAUCUCUGAAGGAUAGCUUCUAUGACAAGGCUGAAGCACUCGUUGGGAUUUAUAGGGACUCAGAGAGGAGCUGUUCCAGGACACCGACAUUUGACUUGACCAAAUACUGGGAAUCAUGAAAUUACAAAGUACUGUCCAUAUUUCAUUAUUUAGAUAACCUAAGUUCCUUACAAUCAUUAAUCACUUGUACAUAUGGUUAGCACUUAGCUCUUGUGAUCUUGGUAGGUAUAUAUUAGGAGAAAAAAAAAAGGUAGGUAUAUAUUAGAAAAUCAAAGAAUGUUGUUUCAUAAAUAAAGCUUUUGUAUCAUUCUUAUGUUCAGACACACGGCUUUGUCUCCUAAUCCUCGAACAGCUGUAACUUGAAUGAAGUUGGUGUAUUUCU